AUGAAGGUGGCUACUUCUUGCAGUCAAUGUCGGGCCGCCAAGCGGAAAUGCACCGCUGGUCCUGUCCCUCAUAGUGCUUGCAUGCCGUGUCUCCAAAGACGCCAAGACUGCUCCCUGUCGGCGAGGUCAGACUCGACUUAUCCCAAGUCUCUGGCUCCAGCUGUUUCCGUUCCUUUCAAUCAUCGUGAUAUCUCGACAACAGAUGAUCGUGCCGACGUGGAGGAUGAUGUCCGGGAUCAGCUUGUUGACCUCUAUCUGAAGCUCAUCCAUGACAAACCUCACACAUUAUUCCAUCCUUCCUCUCUGAAGACGCGGAUUCGGAAUGGCUCAUUGCCCCGGUCGAUCCUCUUCAGUAUCUUGACUCUAGCGGCUCGGUUCGUUAGCCAUCCGGACAUACGGCAGCGAGUACAGGCCUUUUUCGAAGCGGCUAAAAACUCGGUUAAAAAAGCGAUCGACGAGGUGUCUCUCGACAAUAUUCACGCCACGAUUCUCAUCGGUAACAUUUGCGGAGCCGAGGGUGAUCCCAAUGGCGAGUCCUUAUUCUUCGGAAUCGCUUUUCGAAUGGCACAAAUACUUCGUCUGCCUGAACCCGCGCCAGAGGAUGAUGCAAUCAGCCAAGAGAUCAAGCUACGCACCUGGUGGUCGCUCUACAUGAUUGAUCAAUGGUCCUCCGCGGGCUUGGAUAUUCCCCGUCAGAUCCAUGACAGUGGACGAUAUCGGCUGCCCAUGCCUGAGGUAGAAUUCUGGAACUUAACGGGAGGGCAGAGCAUCGCCAUUGACAGACAGAACUUUCAACCAGGUCUUUGGGGAUACAUGGUGAUCCUGGCCAAGGUGUUCGGCGGAAUACAACAGUUGCACCGACAAUUGACCGAUGGGGCUCUGACGGAUGUGGAUGCGGAAUUGAAAACCCGGCAGCUGGCAUCGGAGCUCGAAGCCUUUACCCGAAGUCUUCCUCCUGAUCUCACUCUUACGCCGGAGAAUUUGCAUCGCCAUGCCAUGCUGGGAUUAGGCCAGUCAUUUGUGGCACUCCACCUGGGCUACCACCAUUACUCAACCCUGCUAUACUUCCAAUACCUAGAUGUCCACCUUGCCCGAAUUCCAAACCAGACUCUCUUUGCCGCCCGCUGCAAGCACCAUGCCGCGGCACUAAGCGACCUCUUAAGGACCGCCAGUGAAUGUCCUGGAUGUGACGCGGUGUAUUUCAUCGUUGCCCAUAUGACAGUCAUUUCAUCGUCAGCUUUACUGCAUACGUUACUUUUCGGCGAACCUGACGAGCUACCAGACACUAAAAGAAGGCUUUUUUAUAACUUUCAGGUACUGCUGAAGCUGAAGGAAUACUGGUCUGACGUGGAGAUGAUGGUUUGCAUGCGGUCCAUAGACCGCGUCUACACCGUGGACAAAUGGAUCGUCAAGUUUCUGCUCCAACACGCCCUGCCUAUUGAAGGAGACCAGCGCCUCCCUGUAACUCCAGGCCUAGCCGAGCGAGACCGAUAUGCCGAGGACGCUUUGGCCAUUCUACGUUCGGCAGGAUUUGACUGA